GACACCCGGGCUGGUGCAGAAGACUCUUAGCUGGGACUCACCCUUCCAUCAGGAGCAACAGCAGAAGGACGGGUGGCCAGAGGUGCAGGACACCAGCAGGGACUUUGGCUCUCUUAGGAGAAUCCAGAUCCCCUGUGAGCUGUGUCACUUGGGUGUGGUCCAGUGGCAGGUGCCUGCCCUCAGCUGAGCUGGGAGCUGCAGGAUCUGUGACUUCCUUGCACGUCUCAGAGGAGGAAAUUCAUCUGUGAGCCCCAGCAGGAGCCGAAGCGAUGGCCGCAAAGCCUGAGAAGAGGGUGGCCUCAUCUGUCUUUAUCACCCUGGCACUGCCCCGCCGUGAUGUGGCUGUGGUGGAGGAAGUGAGGCGAGCAGCUUGUGAGGCCCGGCGUGGAGGCCCAGCCCGGGAGGCUCCUGUCCCCAUGAAGGCUCCUGGGACUGGCUUGGCAGGCAGGCCUAGCCCUUGGACACCCCCUGGCAGGGCUGCAGCUGCAGUGCCAGUCGUAUCAUCCCAGCUCUCCAAUGGAGGAUGCUCUCUGCCUCCUCCUUCCCUGGAUGGUAAGGAUCCACUUGCAGACCUGGACCUCCUGCCACCACCUCCACCACCCCCUCCAGCUUACCUGCCCCCAGAUGGGGACCCCUCUGCCCUGGGGGGAACAUCACUCAUUUCGGACUUUGAGCAGCUGCAUCUGCCCCCGCCCCCGCCCCCACCACAGGCUCCGGUGGAGCAAACUCCAGUCCAGCCUCAGCCUGGUCCCCUCAAGGCCAUGGAGGAGGAGCUGCCACCUCCCCCAGCAGAGCCUGUCAGCUUCCCGGAGAGAGAAACAUCCACAGACAUCUGUGCUUUUUGCCACAAGACGGUGUCCCCCCGAGAGCUGGCUGUGGAAGCCAUGAAGAGGCAGUACCAUGCCCAGUGCUUCACCUGCCGCUCGUGCCGCCGCCAGCUGGCCGGGCAGAGCUUCUACCAGAAGGACGGACGGCCCCUCUGUGAAAGCUGCUACCAGGGCACCCUGGAGAAGUGCGGCAAGUGUGGCAAGGUGGUCCAGGAGCACAUCAUCAGGGCCCUGGGCCGGGCUUUCCACCCUCCCUGCUUCACAUGUGUGGCCUGUACCCGCUGCAUCGGGGACGAGAGCUUUGCCCUGGACAGCCAGAAUGAGGUGUACUGCCUGGACGACUUCUACAGGAAAUUCGCCCCCAUGUGUAGCAUCUGUGAGAAUCCCAUCAUUCCCCGGGAUGGGAAAGAUGCCUUCAAAAUUGAGUGCAUGGGAAGAAACUUCCAUGAGAAUUGCUACAGGUGUGAGGACUGCAGGAUCCUCCUGUCUGUCGAGCCCACGGACCAAGGCUGCUACCCCCUGAAUAACCGUCUCUUCUGCAAGCCAUGCCACGUGAAACGGAGCGCCGCGGGGUGCUGCUGAGAACACCCGCUAGCGUCAGGCCAGCCAGCAGCCUGCUAGCCCCGGCUGGGCCCCUUCCCCGACUCUUGGGGUUCCCUUCCUGACCUGCUCUUGCUCACUCUCCUUCUGAGCCUCGGGGGGGACUAGCCUGCAGCUCUGCCCAGCAAGUCUAGGACACAGAGGGCUCAGCGUUCUCCAGAUCAGAGCUGGGCAGCAAGUGGACAGUGCCCCCUAGACCUUUAGCUUCACUUCUACACCCUGGGCAGCCAGUGACUCCUGGACUACGAGGGUCACACCUGGAUUUCUCUGCUGGCCCCAACCCAUUUCCAGGGCCGAGCUGGGGCAAAUCUGCAGGUGGCACCUGGGUCCCCAAGCACUGCCUCUUUAGCUGUCUAGUAGGGUGCUGAGACCAGCUCUGGCUUGUUGGGCUGAGCUGUUUGAGGAAAACUCCAAAGUCCUUU